AUGUCAACAAUAACAACAACAGCAGCAGCAACAGCAUCGGGUAAGCAUUCAUAUGGUUUUCUUAAGAAAAUCCGGUUUAAGGUUUUUAUUCGAAUUUUCUUCCAGAUGAACGAUUUUGCUGAUGUUAUUAGCGGUUUCGCUAUCCUCGGUACGCCAUUGCUCCGCAUUCUCACCAUUAUUGCUGCUAUGGCAAGUUUUUGCAACUUGAAACGUCGAGAAACUGGUCAAUCCUAG